GCCGCGGGGCCGGGCCGGGCCCGCUUCCUGUGCGUGUCACUCAGCCGGCGGGGGAGGGGAAGCGCCGAGCAGGCGGCGGCGGUGCCUCCGCGAGCGCUGGCGUUGGGCCGGGCGGCCGCUCGCAACCCCCCGGCCGCCGCCCGGUCGCGGCCUGAGGCGCCGGCGGAGGCCCGGGGAGGGGCGGCGGCGCUGCCCGGGGGCGGGAGGCCCCGGCGCCGCCGGGCCUGGGCCCUCGCUUCCCGCGGGAGGCGGCCAUGUCUACCGGCGAGGUGGAGCGGCUGUCGGCGGACCUCGGCGGGGCCGCCGGAGACGAGGAGGAGGAGUGGCUCUAUGGCGAUGAAAAUGAAGCAGAGAGACCAGAGGAAGAAAAAGCUAGUGCUCCACCCCCACCUGGAAACGAAGAGGACGCAGCAGAAAAUGGCGUUGUGAAAACGAAGGUGGCAGAGGCUGAGGAUGACAGUGAUAGUGAUAGUGAUGAUGAUGAAGAUGAUGUUCAAGUCACCAUAGGGGAUAUUAAAACAGGAGCUCCACAGUAUGGUUAUGGAGCAGCACCUGUGAAUCUCAAUAUUAAGACAGGAGGACGAGCUUAUGGAUCUUCUGGUGCAAAAGUUAAAGGGGUGGAUCUAGACGCACCAGGGAGUAUUAAUGGUGUGCCACUUCUGGAAGUAGAUUUAGAUUCUUUUGAAGAUAAACCUUGGAGAAAGCCAGGGGCUGAUCUCUCUGAUUAUUUCAACUAUGGGUUCAAUGAAGAUACCUGGAAAGCUUACUGUGAAAAACAAAAGAGAAUACGAAUGGGUCUUGAAAUUUUACCAGUUACCUCAGCCACGAAUAAAAUCACGGCUGAAGACAAUGCUAUGGAAGUAAGACCAAGUGCAGAGAUUCUCGAUGGCAGAUACCAUCUUUUUAAGGUACAGCAGGGCAGAACUGGAAAUUUGGAGAAAGAGUUGGCAGUGCAGUCGACCAAAGCUGAUUUCACAUCUCCUCCUGCCUUAUUCAAAUCAGGAAUUCCAACAAACAGGCGAUUAUCUGGCACAAUAGAUGUGAUUGGACAGACCAUCACUAUCAGCAGGGUGGAAGGACGACGACGUGCUAAUGAAAACAGCAACAUACAGGUUCUUUCAGAACGAUCUAAUCCUGAAGUAGACAAUUUUACCAAGCCACCUCCAUUUUUCCCUCCAGGAGCUCCACCUACCCACCUUCCACCACCUCCUUUCCUCCCACCCCCUCCAACUGUCAGUACUGCUCCACCUCUGAUUCCCCCACCAGGUAUACCAAUAACAGUGCCACCACCAGGCUUUCCACCACCACCUGGCGGUCCUCCACCUUCCCUCAUACCCACAAUAGAAAGUGGACAUUCUUCUGGCUAUGAUGGUCGUUCUGUUCGUGCAUUUUCAUACGGCAGUGAUAAUGAAGUGGAACUCAAAACAAACGAUUUAUUGAAGGCUAUGUUAUCAUUGGCUAGCAAAGCAGAUAAGCAGAAAGUGGGAAGUCCUCUGUACUUCACCUUUCCGCACUUUGCAGGUCCUGCUCCUUCAUGGUCUAGUCUCAUGGACACCAGCAAACAGUGGGAUUACUAUGCACGAAGAGAGAAGGAUAGGGAACGUGAGAGAGAGCGAUCCCGAGAUCGGGAUCGGGACCGGGACCGAGACAGAGAUCGAGAACGUACCAGAGACAGGGAGAGGGACCGAGAUCACAGUCCAACUCCAAGUGUAUUCAACAGUGAUGAAGAACGAUACAGAUACAGAGACUACGCAGAAAGAGGCUAUGACCGCCAUAGAACAAGUAGAGAGAAAGAAGACCGACACAGAGACAGGAGACACAGAGAGAAAGAAGAGACUAGACACAAGUCAUCUCGAAGUAACAGCAGACGUCGUCACGACAGUGAAGAAGGGGACAGCCACAGAAGGCACAAACACAAAAAAUCCAAAAGAAGCAAAGAAGGAAAAGAAGCCAGCGGUGAACCUGCUCCUGAACAGGAAAACACUGAAGCUGCCCCUGUGGAAUAGGCUUGUGUGAUUUUUGCCUACUUGCAUAUAUAUUAGUGCCAGAAAUAGAUUACUAUAAAUCCUGUUAUUUUUCUGGGUAUUAAAAUAAUUUGCUCUUAAUCUUGUUCUGUUAGUUUGAAAUCAAAGAUUACUUUGGUUUUUUUUGAAAAUAAGAGAAUAAAUUUUUCAUGUUAA